CAAACAACCGAAAAUGAGAAGAAAACAGUAAGUAAUAUUAAAAUUCAAAGGUAUAUUCUCAUUAAAUAUAUGCCUGUUUUGUGCUUUUGUGUGUGUAUAUAUUUUAUAAAUAUUUUUUCUGAUUGUCAAACUUUUGACCUACGGCCCCAUUUUGUGAGUUCUCGGUCCGAUACAGUUACAGUCUUUCAGUUGAUUUUACUACAAGACAACAAAACGUAUAUUUGUUAAAAUGUACACCACGUAAAUCUAUUUUAAAUGAUCUUUAAAACGUAGUAUCACACAUAGUUGUUGUUAAUGUAGGAUAUUAAAUAUAAUUUUUUAAAAAAUACCAGUCGAGAUUUCAUUCGCGGUCAUUCUCUGCUGCGUACACCGGGGUCGAACGGGCUACCGCAGCUGCGUAUUGUAUGAGUUAAAGGACGGGUACUUUCCCAUUGCUUUGUCGAUAGAUUUUGUAAAAAACGUGGAAAUAAGAAUGCCACGUCGAAAAAAGUGGAAACCAGCUGGUAUGGUCAUUGUCACAAAUGAAAAGGGGCGGAGAGUAAGACGCAGGGUGCGAUAUACUGGACAGCAGAUCAUGGAUUUUAUGAAUAACCAAAAUGGUCGGUUAAACCAGCCUCAGGAGCAGCCAGCAAAUAACCAGAUUCCACAGACGGAAAGUAUGUUAGUAGAUAUACCAGAUGUAAUUGAAGAAAGCAGCCACAAAAAGAGAAAAAUUUGUGAAGCUGAAGUGUGGCAGGGAAUACGCGAUGAAAUGGUGGAAGUCAGGAUAGAAAGUUUUAGUCCUGCAGGAAAUGAGUGUUCUUUUUGUAGUAGGGAAAUUGAAGAUAUUAUAUGGUGUCCUGAUUGUGGACCAAAUAGUGUCUCCUGCAAUAACUACAAUGAAAACAUUCAUAAAAAAUCUUUUAGGCUCGGAUCAGGGAAAUCCCUCAAAAGUAGUAUUUUGCUUAUACUGGGCAAUAAACGAAAUGAUGGAGAAGUGGCUUAGUGCAGCAGUAAUUGAAACAGAUGUGUAAGGGUAGAGGGUCUGAAGUCUAUUUGUUAGGGUAAUGAUAGGAAAUGG